UUGCGCCACCAAAAGCGGAAGUGAAACUACUCAGGAAACGUACUGUAAAUCAACAGUAGGUUGAGAGCGAGAUGUAAGGAUGCAGAUCUAACGGUAUUUGACUAUACAACAACAUUUAGGCAGGAUGAUCUGGUUUACUUGCGUGACAGUGAUUUUAAUUAGCGCUUGGGUCGAGGGAGCAGACAAAAAAGAGGGAGACGAUGAAUGGGUCCAUCUCCCGAAUAAAUGUGAAGUGUGUAAAUUUGUAAGUAUCGAGAUGAAAUCUGCCUUUGACGAGACUGGCAAAACCAAGGAAGUCAUCGAGAGGAAUUACCGUUUCCUUGACGACAACAAGGGCGCUCCGCCGAUCAAAUAUGUGAAGUCAGACAUCCGCUUCAUCGAGGUGGUAGAGAAUGUUUGUCAGAGGUUGUCUGAGUACAACCUUCACAAAGAGAGGGAGGGCAGCAACCGCUUUGCCAAGGGGAUGUCUGAGACGUUCUCCACCCUCCAUGGUCUGGUCCAUAAGGGAGUAAAGGUUGUGAUGGACAUCCCCUAUGAACUGUGGAACGAGACCUCAGCAGAGGUAGCUGACCUCAAGAAGCAGUGUGACGUGAUGAUUGAGCAGUACGAGGAGGUGAUUGAAGACUGGUACAAAGGCAACCAGGAGGAGGACCUCACCACGUACCUCUGUGAGAAACACGUUCUGAAGGGCCAGGACACAGCGUGCCUUAGUGAAGUGUACACUAAGAAGAAGGGUGACGCCGCUGCCGUCGCGGAGGAGAGGAAGAGGAAGAAGGGGGCGAAGAGCAAAGACGUGGGCGCUGGUGACGGGGGGAGCGAGGGCCGGGAGGCAGAGAAGACCAUGAAGAAGAGGAAGAAGAAGGAGAAAGUGAAGAAGAAGAAGAAGAAGGCGAAGGCCGCGGUGCCCCUGUCCUCGGAGGGGGAUGGGAUGACGUCGGACGAAGACGUGCAGGGAGAGGUGGACCUCCUCGGGGAGAAGACGGAGCUGUGAUACCUCCGAAGGGGGGGAGCCCUUGGCUGGGUCCCAAUUGGCAAACUGUUCCCUUUGUACGGCACAACUGUUGACAAGAGCCCUAUGGGCACCCUAUAGAUGAAGUGUACUCAGUAGGGGAUAGGGAACCAGACGACCACAGAGGGCCGGUGGGGUUGGUACUGUUAGAAACAACUAGUUACUUCCUCUUUUGCUUUUACCCCUCCGCUUUACCCCUCCUCUUUACCCCACCUCUUUACCCCACCUCUUCACCCCACCUCUUCACCCCACCUCUU